CUGUGGCUCUUUCACACAGUUCAACAGUUCAUCAGACAGGCUCCACGCCUUUACCAAUUACUAAAUUGUGGUUACAGCUCAUAGGGUUGUCAGGACUGGUAGAGGAUGGAACUAGGUAUCGCAUAUGUGUGGAUUUCUAUAAUUUGGUGGUUAUUGAUAUCUAUACGGGAAACGAUUGAGCUCUAUUAAAGAAUCCAACCUUUCACUGACUAUUCAACAUUAAUGUGUCACUAAAUGCACCCUAGCAAAUAUGUUACAAUAGCUUUGCGUUACACUCUCUAUAUCUGUAAUUUAUUUCCAAUGUCAGAUUCAGAAUAAUUUUUCUGCCAACCAUUGCUAUGUGAGUUGUGUAGUAUAAUGAAGACAUCAUACCAUUAGUUUGUUACGUCUUUCCAUAUCUAAGCAUGUUCAUUUGGAUGUGGGAACAAUCAUUCUUUUCGGAUCAGUCACUGUGACAUUCAGAUGUAACAAAUCCACGAGGGUAAUCAGAUUACUGUAACGCUACUGGAGAGGUAGUGCCGGUGCGCCGUGCGCUCCGGAGUCUCCAUAAAAGUUAGUGCGCACAGAGCUAAGCUGUCAGACUGGGGAGAGACGCGGCGGAGCAAAGACUGGAGGCUGAAGUGAUUGAUGAGGACCGAGCCUCUCUUUAAGAAUUUCAUAUAUUCAUUGUCAGUGUGUGACCUGAUCCCGUGGGGGACUGUCAUCCACCAGAGCGCACUGAACAGGACGCAAUUAACGCUUAUUAUCCGCCUGAAUUUAAUAGGCUUCUGUUUGGUUCUGGACUAUCGGAGCAGGUUUGGAUGCAGGAGGAUCUCGGCUGUGCGGCGGAUGAGAUGCCCACGCUGCCCGCGUAAAAAAAAUAAUCGUGUCUGAAUUUGAAAAGGCUGCUUGAUUUCAUCCGGGAAAAAGAAAAAGCCACCGUUUCUUUGUGAAUUUUCCCCGCUCCAGGACGCAAAUGUCUCCACAUCACAGACUCACCACUGGAUUGUAGCAGCGGCCCCACCAAUGGUUUAAAAAAGGGCGUUAAGGUGCGGGAAGGGAGUGGGACAAUUACAGGAUGAGGGAGCGAUACACGCAGAUCGGAAAUAAAGGGGCUCUACUUGUAAUGGUGCUUGUGAUCAGUGUCUGGGAGAUGACCGUACUGACAGAAGGAACUACAGCAGCGCACCAUGUCCGAACAGGCACCUGCGAGGUGGUGGCGUUGCAUCGCUGCUGCAACAAGAACAAAAUCGAGGAGAGGUCACAAACUGUCAAGUGCUCCUGCUUUCCCGGGCAAGUGGCCGGCACCACCAGAGCCGCCCCGUCGUGUGUAGAUGCCUCAAUAGUGGAGCAGAAGUGGUGGUGUCAGAUGCAUCCGUGCCUUGAUGGGGAGGAAUGCAAAGUACUUCCUGAUCUGAAGGGCUGGAGCUGUGCUACAGGGAACAAGAUCAAAACUACUAAGAUUUCCGCGGACAGAGACCAGCUUUGGUAACGUCAGAUUCUUCAUAGCGGAGUCCAGGCAAAUCAACAGUUCUGGUCUUGGUGUUGGAUCAUCAAAGGAGAAGAGAGUAAUGCAGAGGACCUUUCUGUAAAUAGAGACUUCCUUUCUUCUGGACUGCACUUAAUCUUUGGAAAACUCUGAAUGCUUCUUCUUGAACUCUACGGACAUCAAAAAGAGGAGUAGAUCCUAUUAAAAGUACUGAUCAUUCAACACUUCUUUUUGAAGGACUCCAUAUGAUUAGCCUUACCGGACAACAGGAUUUAUUCUCUGACAUUGUACUGCUUGUAGUGGAAUACAACGGUGAACUUUACCUAAAUGUUAAUUUGUAGUUUUAUGUUCUUCACAGGGGAUUUUGCAUCACAAGAUGACCAGGGUAAACAGCAGGUCAGUAUGUUGUAAGCAUCGCAAACAUCUAUACAAGUUGUGAUUUCGUUUUAUCAGUCCAUUGUGACUUUCAUCUCUGACAAAGUGUAGCUUCAAAGGUUCAAAUAUUGAUGAAAACAUGUGGCUAGGCAGCGGAUAUUCUGGGUGAUUUUCAAAGUAAUACACAACCACAUUCAUCAGUAUAUCAUUAAUACUUACUGCUGAAUUGCACCCAUGCUGUAAAAAGUAUAAACUGAUCAAACCUAUCAGCUGUUAACAGACAGAAAGUUGGAUCCAGUCGUGGUUUAUUUUUCCUCUGAAAAUCACUCUGCCAUUCCUGCCACUUAUAACAGAUUUUGGUUUUGUAUCACAGCUCUGGAGUUCCGAUUCUAGAGAACAGCAGUGUAAAUUAAAACACGCAGCAUCUGGUCACCAGCUGGGUGAUAACUUCAACUACGUUCCAACCAAAACUGUUUUCAAAUAGUUACUCAAGUAUGAUUUGCUGAUCACCUUUGAGUAGGUAUCGCUAACACUUCCUUUGUCUGUGUAAGUGAUGACAUCAGUAAUAAACUAUGGUUGUGUAACUAAAACCCUGUGUCUUUAAAGCAUCUGUAUGCAAAUAAUGACUACUUCUUAGCCAUGCUAGCAGUGUGGCUUUAUGGAUAGCCAUGCCAACCUGUGUAGGCAUAUCAGUGGGGCUGGUUAUAUUUGUGCAAACAAUUAGGUUACAGACUAAUUCAUUUACACACUUCUCUGCAUAUUCGACAACACUCAUUUUUGAAUAGACAAAUACAAAGUAGUAGUAUUUUAGUUAGUAUUUAGAAAAACACAGAAGGUAAGAUAACAUUAAAGCUAAGAGUCUCAUCUAAAGAUUUAAUUAAGACAUGAGGGUAUUCAGGGUCAGUUAUGUGUAAAGUGUUCUAUGUGAAUGGUUCUCAGUGGAAGGAAAAACAAGUGAACACAAUCUAAAAAAAUGAAAUCAUGGAGAGUGUUUCUGCCUCCACAGCAUGCACUAUCUGUGCAUAUUUAUUUAUUUUUAUCAACGGUGAUUUCUUGCUGUUGUGCGUCAGUAUCCUGCACCCCAAGCUUUUGCCUUCACUGUCCCAACAGCAAUUGAGCCUAUCUUUAAUUAUGAGUCAGGUCUGGUCCAGCAUUAAAAGAUACUUGCAGGUAACAGGUUGAGCUUUGCCAGUCCAAAGAUAGUAUAGUGAACUGGACUGCAGGAUUCUGUAAAAGUUACCAGAUUUCCAAAUUCCUUGUUAUUAUCAAAUGACUGUCAUGCAUAUAAAUCUAUAAUUCCAUGUUUUAUAUUUUUACUAUUUUUAUUUAUCGUGUAAAAUGUUGAAUGAAUAGUUAUAAUCUAUACUGAGUUGUCAGGUUGUUAGGUGCACCUCCUGUAUCUUAACCCUAUCCAAUACGACAGCCCUGCAAUAAAUUCUGCCUGUAUAAAGCUCA